AUGGAGGCUCCGGGGUUGCAAGCACUCUCCCUUACCCGAGUCUGGACUCUGUCUUGGAGGACCUUUUGUCCAGAAAGGGCCAUUGAAGCGCCUCUGAAGUACACUCCCCAUGCUCCCCUCGCGCCCUCCCAUCCGCCUUCCCCCCUCGCAGUACCCAUCUCUGGACUCAGUAUUGGAGGACCUCUUACCAAAGAAGGGCCGUUGAGGCGCCUCAGCGGGUCUCAACAGCACACUCCCCAUGCGCUGCGCUGCGCCCCUCUUGCACCUCCCCAUGUGAUUCUCUCCCACUUUGUCCUCUCAAUCCGCCCCUUUCCAUCCCUCCCCCCUCGCAGUACCCUUCUCUGGACUCACCCCAACCACGUGAGCAUAGUGGUGAUCAAUACUGUUCCGCUUUUCUUCAAUGCGAGGACGGCCCCUUACAUGCUCACCCCAACUGUUUCGCCCUCGCCUACCCAACCCCCGCCCUCCCCCUCCAUUUGUACCUGCAGCCCCAACCACGUGAGUAUCGUGGUCAUGAAUAAUGUUCCCCUCUUCUUCAAUGUGAGGGACGGUCCCUUCAUGCCCACGCUUCGCCUGCUGCAUCAAUACCCGGAUAUGAUGCGAAAGAUGCAGGUGGAUAGGGGCGCGAUCAAGUUUGUGAUGUCAGGAGCUAACAUCAUGUGCCCGGGACUCACCUCCCCUGGUGGGAAGAUGGACGACGGCAUUCCUACUGACUCCCCCGUGGCCAUAUUCGCUGAGGGCAAGGAGAACGCUCUCGCGAUUGGAUACACCAAGAUGUCGUCAGAUGACAUUCGCAAGAUCAACAAGGGCAUAGGCGUCGACUUGAUGCACUACCUCAACGACGGGCUCUGGAAGAUGAAAACCAUUGACUGA